AUGGUACCGGUGUACCGCACUUACUCUAGACGCUCGAUUGGUUUGACAGGUGUUUUCUGUGGGAUUUUCUAUGCAUUGCUGCAGGCAUUACAUCUCGCGAAUGGUGGAUUUGCCAAUUACCAGCUAAACCGGGACGCGGUGACCUACGAAGGGUACGCUAAACAAUGUGGUUACCAGCUCAAGUGUCACGGUGAUAACAGUUGUCCUUCUCUAAACGAAUUAGGAAGCUUGGGGAAAGAUGCGCUAGAGAAAGCAAUAUUUGAGCUGCUGAACAACGAAGCUGUUUCAAAUGAUCCUCGCUUUCUGAUCGAUCUCUCGGAGUUUGAUGCUGAGUUCCAUAAGACAAAGCCUAUCCAUCCUAACGAGCAGCUGGGAGUUACGCGCACUCUCACCACACAUAAGGUGCUGGAAGCUCUAACUAAGAAGUACAGCUGCUGCCAGCUAAGGAACCUUCUGGAUGGCAAGUGUUACCCGAAUGUAACGCUUCCCUGCUGUUACGGCAGUGAGGAAAUCUUUUGCGACCCGUACUACCCAUAUCGUAGCUAUGAUGGCAGCUGCAACAACCUACAGCAUCCCACCUGGGGCAAGCGUGGAAAUGCGCUGAAACACCCUAUUGCACCGUGCUAUAGUGAUCUCGUGUCGACACCUGCCCGAAGUAAAUCUGGAACUUCGUUGCCACAGAAUCGAAAGCUGCUGUCAGGGUUAGCGGAUGUGCUGCGAAAGCGAGAAAUUAAUUUCGUCUCAAACCUUAACAUGGCAUCCGUAUUUUUGAGUGAAUUUAUCAACUCCGAUAUGAUCGGACGGGCAAACAGACGUACCAAAAGGAGUGUGAAUGGUUUUCGUGGCUGUCUUGCGGAUGGUUCUGAUCGCAGUCCAUUUGUAACGGCACUCUCCAACCCAUUGCUGGUUUCUCCGAACGAUCGCUACUUCGGUCCGCUCGGUGUGCAAUGUCUGAACUUAAGCCCGCAAGAAAAAGCAAACGACAAAUGUGAACUGAAACACGUGGCGGAGCGAAACAUGGAGAGUAGCUACCUUGACCUAUCGAGCACGUACAGCGAGUCAGCGACUUAUGAUGAAUCUGGUCGGUUGGAUCUGCAGCAGUGUGGGGCCACCGCGCCAAUCAUCAAUUCGGAACCGAUAUCGGUACAGUUUUUUGCGAUUGCCGGACUAUUUGGCAAGCUGCACAAUUAUUGCGUUGAUCGCGCCAGUACAUGUCUGCAGAGUCCGGGUCCGGUAGCGGAACGGUGCCGAGCGUUUACGAUAGGCGUUUAUCAGAAAAUUAUUUUCGAGCAGCUGCUGCCGGUGCUGUUUGGUGAGGAGUUUUACGACACGUGUAACUUAAAUUGCAAGUACAAUCCACACGACGAGUCGGUGGUUUCAAUGGCUUACCGGAAUGGGUUGGGACGAUUCCAACACGUCUGGAUUACGGAAACCAUGAAAUACAAACCACAGGGACAAUCGCAAACUUUGCCCUUUAACACUUUCUUUCACCAACAUGAAAGGUUUGAUUGCUCGGGUGUGCUGGACGGCGUUUUGGAAACUCCAAUUCACAUAGGAAACUUAUCUAGUGCGAAUAUGGACAAGUUUUACACCGUCAACGGAGAACGUGGUACCUGUUUGCCCUGUAUCGAUCUGUCACGUAACCGUGACUCGGGGCUGUGUCCUUUGCUGACGUACAAACACUACCUUGAGCAGCUUAUUGGCGAGGAAACGAAAUGUUACAACACAUUCGAGGAUCUGCGCGAUAUGUUCAGCGACGAUGUGAUUGAAUAUUUUGCCAAGCGCUUUGAACAUCCCAACGAUAUUGAUUUGUUGUUUGGGAUUUUUGAUAAGAGAUUCGUUCCGGGAGGCAAGCUUCCCAGAAUUGUAGCUCAAGCGACCUGCCUCGAGUUCAAACGGCUCAAGUGUACCGAUCGGUUCUUCUACAAAUGGAAUCCGUACCUUGGGGAAGGAGCACGCCAUCUUAUCAAUGUUUUAGAUUUCACCUCACUGCUGGCGCAGUUCACGGAGAUGCAUGAUGUUCCAGUGGAACCAUUUUUCGUUGAUAGUCCAAGAGUAGCGACGAGCAGCGUUCGAGAUUACAUGCAAACUUUGGACUAUCUUUUCUGUUACCUCUAG